GGGGCGGUCUGGGGAGCGAGCGGGAGGCGGGCGGAGGGGUUUGCAAAGGGAGAAGGGCGAGGGGUGACCGCGCGGGGGCGAGGCCGCACGGAGUCCUGCGAGCCCCGGCUGAGCUGCUCCCUCCUCAAUUAUCUCACCUAAAAGCAAGCAACUUCUCAAGAUAUGGCCUCAAAAAGAGCAUUGGUGAUUCUGGCAAAAGGGGCAGAGGAAAUGGAAACUGUAAUCCCCACUGAUGUUAUGAGAAGAGCUGGGAUCAAGGUGACUGUUGCUGGCCUAACAGGGAAAGAACCUGUGCAGUGCAGUCGAGAUGUCUUCAUUUGUCCUGAUGCCAGCCUUGAAGAUGCCCGAAAAGAGGGGCCUUAUGAUGUCGUGGUCUUGCCUGGUGGUAACCUUGGAGCUCAAAACUUGUCAGAGUCUGCUGCUGUGAAAGACAUUCUGAAGGACCAGGAAAGCAGAAAGGGCCUGAUUGCUGCUAUAUGUGCAGGUCCUACUGCCCUUCUGGCACAUCAGAUAGGGUUUGGAAGCAAAGUCACAACACAUCCUUUGGCCAAAGAUAAAAUGAUGAAUGGAGCACACUACAGCUACUCCGAGAACCGUGUGGAGAAAGAUGGGAACAUCCUCACCAGCCGUGGCCCUGGGACCAGCUUUGAGUUUGGUUUGGCCAUUGUUGAAACACUGAUGGGGAAGGAAGUGGCUGAACAGGUGAAGGCACCCCUAGUACUGUGAAAUUCUGGUGUGGGACAAGGGUUAGGGCAAUUCUGGAUGGAGAGUCUUGUCCUUUGUAAAAUAACUGCAAGAUGCACUGUUGUAAAUGCAAUUUAAUUGUGGGUGAAAUGAGCAACUGUACACCUAAAGUAGGAUACCUUGACAAACCAUUGGUCUUUAUUUCUGGGAAAAAAGAUCCUUUUAGAAAAAAGCUUCAUCACGAAAAAUCAGCCAGCAUCUAAGACUCUCAGCUCUUGGUUGGCACUUAAAAAACACAUGAGAAAAUGUUUGCUGAGUAAAUAAAACUGAGGCAACUCUG